AUGCUUCGCUCCCAUUCCCUGCAUUUUGGCAAUCCUGUGAUAUCAAAAUCUUUCUCUUUGAGGUUGUUCUCAAAAGUUGCCGAUAAUGCACCCUGCGCUUCCGAUAACGAGCGGUGGCUGAGAAACUUGCAGGAUCAAGCACAUAGGAAAGAGCAUUGUAUAGUCAAUCCCAACGAUAAAGCUAAUCAUAGCAGUGAUGACUCCCAGACGCACAAUUAUGUGACUCGUGAAGAGCGCCCCAACGAAACGGACUUCUUCAAGAUAGUGUCUACUCCUCCAGAUUCAACGUUCAUCAACGUUAAAGCACCGCUAUCUAAGUUCACGUCUGUUAACUAUGUGAAAAAGAACCAACAUCAUAUAUCUAAAAAUCAGGGCCUCGUUGAUUUACGAAUCAUCAAAUGCAAGAGUGGCGUUGGAGGUAAUGGCAGUGUUUCGUUUUUUCGCGACGCAGGUCGAGCUAUUGGACCUCCCGAUGGGGGCGACGGUGGUAAGGGCGGUAGUAUUUAUGUUCAGGCUGUAAGGGGCCUGAAUAGCUUGGCAAAGCUCAAGACAAGCUAUAUAGCUAGCAACGGAGCUGACGGUGCUGCAAAUCAACUUGAUGGCGCCAGAGGAAAAGACGUUUUGAUAUCUGUGCCUGUUGGUACAGUCGUCAGGCUGGCUAUGGAUCCGAAAGUAGUUCGAAAAAUUAUCGGUGAGUCCGAAGGGUCUACAGAGCAACCUAUACGUCAAGUUCUCGAUAAUGUGGAGGUUGAAUUGCAUUGCACCGGCAAAUUCAAGAUGGAUCAAAGACCAACCGACAUUCAGCUAUUUCGUAACGCUUACAGCGGCGGUGACGGGUGGAUCUUUAAGGGCAAAGAUAAGGAAUAUCAUUUGAGCAAAGCGUGGUUUACAGAAUUGGACGAAAAGGUCAAAGUUUAUGAAGAAGAGCAAACAGAAUCAGAAACCAAUGAGGAUAAAUUUCCCCUGAGGGGCCUUGACCUUAGUAUACCUCCAGAGAAACCUGUUUGCAUCUUAAGAGGGGGUAGUGGCGGCUUGGGUAACAUGCAUUUUUUGACCAACAUGAUUCGAAAUCCAAGGUUUGCCAAGUUGGGACGAGCAGGCUUGGAACAGUUUUUCAUUUUCGAGAUGAAAACGAUCGCGGAUUUGGGCCUUGUGGGGCUUCCGAAUGCGGGGAAGUCCACGAUUCUCAAUAGGAUUUCUAACGCUCGUCCUCGAAUUGGUCACUGGGAGUUUACGACCCUUCACCCUAUAAUAGGAACAGUUAUGAAAGAUGCCGUGACAACCUCUUUCACCGUUGCUGAUAUUCCAGGAAUAAUAGAGGGUGCAUCGAAAGACAAAGGCAUGGGAUUGGAUUUUUUACGACACACUGAAAGAUCUAAGGGUUGGGUGAUAGUUUUGGAUUUAUCUCGACCAAACCCUCUCGAUGAUCUCAAUAUUUUACUGCAUGAGUUGGGAGGCAUCAAAAGAGUCUCGAAGAAAAACGUCCUAGUUGUUUGCAACAAGGUUGAUGUCAAAAUGAUUCAAGACGACACAGGAUACAAUAGGUUUAUUGAAUUGAAGGAGUUUUGCCUCAAAAACAAUUGGGACAUCGUUCCAAUAAGUGCUCGAAAAGGAGAUAAUAUCGACGUACUUAUUGAGAAAAUGAUGACUUGUGCCAGGCUUACUUAG